AUGGAAGCCAGGGAGGGAGCGUCAGGCACCUCGCGAAAACAAGCCCAGCAGGCAAUUGUUGCAAAAGCGCGACAGCAGCAGAAUCCGAUCGUCAAAUACAUCCAGUCUACUCCCAUUGAUUUCGUUGAAGACCCUGAGCUGAAGCCAGACUUCCUGGCAGGACCCGAGACGGCCGUGAUUUUCAUUAGCCUCAAGUUCCAGCGCCUCCAUCAGGACUACUUGAAGGGUAAAGUGCAAAGCUUAGGUGACUUUCGCAACCGCGUGCUGCUCUGCAAAGUAGAUCUGGAGCAGCCUGAGGAGACGCUGGAGCAGGUGACGUUGACAGCGUUUCAUGGAAAGGUUUCCCUCCUGCUGGCUUGGAGUGAUGCAGAGGCAGCAGCCUACCUUGAGACGCUGUAUCGAUGUCAAAGCAAGGGGGCUGAGGCACUGAAGCGUCGGGUGACACAGGGAGACAGCAGGGCGCGUUUUCAGGAGGUCCUGACCACGAUCAAGGGCAUCAACAAGUCGGACGCUGCCUCCUUGGCAUCCCGCUUUGGGUCCUUUGCGCAGAUCGCACAUUCAACAGAGAAGGAGUUCCUGCACUGCCACGGCAUUGGUGAUAAGAAGGUGAAGCAACUCACCGCCGUGCUGCACAAGCCUUUCUUUCCAAAUGAGCAGAGCCAAGACCAAGGAGAGCAAGGGUUCUGA